AGGUAUUUUUGAAAAAUAUUCUGAGCUUGUUUUAGUUGAGAUUUAAAUAUAUAGAAACUGGUGACAUCUUUGAACCCAAUAUGUGAAGAAGAAGCAGAAGGAGAGGCUGUUAUGCCAUGUGGAAGUGUGAGUGAGGUCCAGAAGGAGGUGUGCAAAGUUGGAGGUGGUUAUAAGUUACAGACGAGAAAGCUUGGAUUGGGCUUGAGCAGGAUAUAGCAUUUCAUAGCUAUUCUGCAUUUUCCUUUCUAUUUUCUACAAUCCAUACUUUCUAUGUUUAUUGUUUAUUGAAAAGUCUAACUCAAUCAUUUUUUAUUUUUUUAGUAAAAAUUAAUUAUUGUACACCAGUGCUAGAAGGCUUCUCACUCUGUAAUGGUUAUGCAAUCUUACCCUUGAUGUUGCAAAUAGGCUUUUGCAGAUUCAAACACACAACUAAAUUGGUCAAGGCACAAUUCACCAUUGUGCUAGGACUAGCCCAUAGUAGUCAAUUGCAUGUGGUGAUGGGGUAGCAGAGCAGAGCUUCCUGCUCGUAAGACUCAUAGAGCCUUCCUGUCCCUGUAGUUGUGGCAUCAUUCAGGGGUUAGGUUGUAUUAGAACAACGGAGUAGAAGAAGGAACUGCUUUCAUUAUAUUGAGAGAGCACAAAGACUUACAUUUCUAUGGAAAUCAUCCGAAGAAUGCUUCUAUUGGCAUUGGAUGAUCCUCAUCGAAAAAUUUGCACAGCCAUUGGUAUGGCUGUUGCAUCCAUUGCAGUGCAUGACUGGCCAGAGUUAUGGCCAGAUUUGUUACCAUUUCUUCUAAAUUUGAUCAAUAACCAAGCCAACUUGAAUGGAGUGCAUGGCGCUAUGAGAUGCUUGACUCUUCUCUCUGCGGACUUGGAUGAUAAAAUGGUUCCAACAUUAAUACCCGCUCUCUUCCCCAGUUUGCUGACAAUUGUAUCAUCUCCCCAGAAUUAUGACACAUACAUUCGAUCAAAGGCCCUUUCUAUAAUCUAUUCUUGUACAUCUAUGCUGGGGACAAUUAGUGGUGUCUACAAGGCAGAAACAAGUUCUCUGAUAGCUCCUUUGAUUAAACCAUGGAUGGGCCAAUUCUCUUCUAUUCUAGAAAUUCCAGUUCAAUCUGAAAAUCCCGAUGAUUGGAGUAUCAAAAUGGAGGUUUUGAAGUGCUUGAAUCAGUUCAUUCAAAAUUUUUCAAAUCUCUUUAAAAGUGAAUUUGAGGUUAUACUAGGACCUCUGUGGAAUACAUUUGUCUCUUCUUUGAGAGUUUAUGAGAAAGCUGCUAUUGAAGGAACUGAAGAUUCAUAUGAUGGAAGAUAUGAUUCUGAUGGUUCAGAGAAAAGCCUUGAUUCAUUUGUUAUCCAGCUCUUUGAACUCAUGUUGACUAUUGUGGGUAAUACAAGACUGAGAAAGGUGGUUGGGGCUAAUAUAAGAGAAUUGGUGUACUAUACUAUUGCUUUUCUUCAGAUGACAGAACAGCAGGUUCAUACAUGGUCUGCGGAUGCUAACCAGUUCAUUGCUGAUGAAGAUGAUUCUACUUAUAGCUGCCGCAACUCUGGUGUGCUUUUAUUGGAAGAGGUUGUGAAUUCUUUUGACGAUGAAGGAAUUUGCGCUAUCAUAGACAGUACAAAGCAAUGGUUCAACGACUCUCAAAUCAGAAAAGCAGCUGGCAAUGCAAGUUGGUGGAGGAUAAGAGAAGCUACUCUGUUUGCCCUAUCAUCUCUUUCAGAACAACUAUUUGAGACAGAGGAAACCAGGGUUUAUUCAACUGACUUGAAGGAUCUGCUUGAGCAGAUUUUUGCAGUAGACUCUCUAAUAGGUCCUCUUGAAUGCCCAUUUUUAUAUGCUCGCAUUUUUACUUCAGUUGCUAAAUUUUCUUCUUUGAUAAGCGGUGGCUUAGUAGAGCACUAUCUCUAUUUAGCAAUGAAGGCAGUUACAAUUGAUGUGCCCCCACCUGUAAAAGUAGGUGCCUGUAGAGCACUUUCUAACCUCCUUCCCGAAGCAACAAAUGAAGUUAUCCAAUCGCAGUUGUUGGGUUUAUUUUCAUCCCUCAUUGAUCUUCUUAAUCAUGCAUCAGAGGAAACCUUGCACCUGGUACUUGAUACAUUGCUUGCUGCAGUGAAAGCAGGUCGUGAAUCAUCAACAGUAGUUGAAAACAUGAUUUCUCCUGUAAUCCUUAAUGUGUGGGCAUCGCAUGUUUCGGAUCCUUUUAUCAGUAUUGAUGCACUUGAAAUUCUUGAGACGAUCAAAAGCAUUCCUGGAUGCAUACAUCCAUUGGUUGCCAGAAUUUUGCCGUAUGUUGGACCAAUUUUGAAUAAACCCCAAGAGCAAACUGAAGGCUUGGUAUCUGGAUCACUAGAUCUGGUAACAAUGUUACUAAAGAAUGCCCCUGCUGAUGUAGUGAAAGCAAUAUAUGAUGUCUCUUUUAAUGCUGUUGUCAAAAUAAUCCUACAAAGUGAUGACCAUAGUGAAAUUCAGAAUGCUACAGAGUGUUUAUCUGCAUUUAUAUCUGGGGGAAGGCAAGAAGUUCUUGCGCGGGGAUCUGAUUCUGGAUCAACUAUGAGAAGUUUACUUGAUGUAGCUUCAAGAUUACUAAACCCGGAAUUGGAAAGCUCUGGGUCUCUCUUUGUUGGGAGCUACAUUCUUCAACUUAUUUUGCAUUUGCCAUCACAUAUGGCGGUACAUAUACGAGACUUGGUUGCUGCACUUGUCAAACGUAUGCAAUCUGCUCAAAACGCUGUCCUACGAAGCUCAUUGCUAAUUGUUUUUGCUAGACUGGUACACAUGAGCGUUCCUAAUGUUGGAGAUUUCAUUGAUUUGAUGAUCUCAAUUCCUGCGGAUGGACAUGACAAUUCAUUUGCUUAUGUGAUUUCAGAAUGGACCAAGCUGCAGGGCGACAUACAGGGAGCAUAUCAAAUAAAAGUAACUACAAGUGCCUUGGCCUUGUUGCUAACCAGCAGGCACAAUGAAUUGGGUAAAAUACAUGUCCAAGGCCAUCUAAUUAAGUCUGGUGAGGGAGUGACCACAAGAUCAAAAGCUAAAUCAGCUCCGAACCAAUGGGUAAUAUUACCACUUCCCACCAAGAUAGUGGCUUUGUUGGCGGAUGCAUUAACUGAAAUACAAGAACAAGUUUUGGAAGCUGAUGAUGUGGAUAGUGACUGGGAAGAAGUUGAAGCAGAUGGCAUCGAAAAUGAUAGAGAUUUUCUUUACUCGGUGUCUUCACCUUUGGGAAAAGCCACUGAUGAACAUCUUCAAGCAAUGGCUAAAGUAUUUAAUGAGGAUCGAGAUGAUCAGUAUGACGAUAACCUUUUUAGUGUUGCUGAUCCCCUCAAUCAGAUAAAUCUGGCAAAUUACCUUGUUGAUUUCUUUGUUAGCUUUUCGCAAUCUGACCGACAGCUCUUAGAGCACAUUUGCGAGAGUUUGACUCAAUCUCAACGAAAUGCCAUUCAAAUGAUACUGAAGAGAUGAAAAUUUAGUGUGUAAUCAUCGACUGCUGUCUCAAGGAUGGGUUGAUAAUACUACGAAGAAUCCAACCAAGAUAUGGUUGGGAACCAAUAUUUUUCCAAUAUUCAGGUUGGGGUGGUCUGCAAUUCUGAAUGGCAUUUUCCCUCUGCUGCACUGUAGUGCUCGCCCGUUUGUCUAUUGAUUUUUUUAUUGGAUUUGUUAUUUUAUGUAUUGAUGUUUUGUUUUUAAUUGGUUUCUGCCCAUCUAUAAUUGACCAAAUAUUGUUUGUAUAUACCAAUUAUAUUGAUUAUUCAAGAAAAGGAAGAAAUCUCAGUUGGUAGCAUAAUGGUGCAUAAAAAUUUCAAUUCUAUUGGUUCUGCUUGUCACU